UUGUAUUUGACAAUUACGAGCAAAUUGGCGUACGGGAACCAAGCGUGAACUCAUUUUGCGAUCUUCAUCGCCAACCAUCAUCACUUUUUCUUCUUCUUCUUCACUUUUUCAUCACUGUGACAAAACGCGGUUCUGUAUCUUUCUUUUUGAUUUCUAGGCCUUUUGAUCUCAAGAAGACGUAAAAAGGAGCAACAUGUUGGAGAAGAUCGGGUUGCCGCCAAAGCCUUCGCUGCGAGGGAAUAAUUGGGUGGUCGACGCCUCACACUGCCAGGGCUGUACCUCUCAGUUCACCUUCAUCAAUCGCAAGCAUCACUGUAGGAGGUGUGGGGGAAUCUUUUGCGGCAAAUGUACUCAACAAAGAAUGGUUUUACGCGGACAAGGUGAUUCGCCUGUGCGUAUAUGUGAACCUUGUAAGAAGCUUGAAGAGGCAGCACGAUUUGAGUUGCGACAUGGACGCAGACCUGGGAGAGGAAGCUUGAAAUCAACACCUAGAGAUGAAGAUGAAGUUUUGAACCAGAUUCUUGGUCAAACCAGUGACAAAGUUCCUAGCAGACAAAGAUCAGUUGGUGUUGCAUCUUCUUCGAGUACUUCCGAUUUUGAUGGAGACAUACAAAAUGUUGUCUCAGAUGAUAAGCCUAAUGUUUCGGGUGUUGAUUUGGGAUCCACCACUCCUGAUGAGUUACGUCAGCAAGCUUUAGAGGAGAAAAAGAAGCAUAAAAUUCUGAAAGGAGAGGGAAAAUCUGAGGAGGCAUUGAGAGCUUUUAAGAGAGGGAAGGAGCUUGAGAGGCAGGCUGAUGCUUUGGAAAUUCAUUUAAGGAAGACUCGUAAGAAGAGUUUGCCUUCUGGAAACUUAUCUGAUGUGCAUAACAGAGGUGUUCCUCUAGAGUCUGACAGAAAAACAAAGUCACUUUCUCAUGUUGGUAGAGAAAAUGAUGAUCUUACUUCCGAACUUAGAGAGCUUGGAUGGUCUGAUAUGGAUCUACAUAAUGAAGACAAAAAGUCAUCAAAGUUGAGUGUGGAGGGUGAACUCUCAUCAAUAAUUGGAGAAAUCUUUACAAAAAGUGGUGAACAAAAGGGCAGCAAGAUUGACAAGUCCCAAGUUGUUGCUCUGAAAAAAAAUGCUCUAAUGCUGAAGCGUGAGGGUAAGCUUGCAGAAGCCAAAGAGGAGUUAAAAAGAGCUAAAAUUUUAGAAAAGGAACUGGAAGAACAGGAACUCCUUGCUGAAGGCGAAGAUUCUGAUGAUGAACUAUCAGCAUUAAUUCGUGGCAUGGAUGAUGAUAAAGGAUUUUCAGAUCUGCAUGAUCAUGGACAUGGUUUUGAUUUUGAACGCCUUUUGGCCGUUUCUGAUGACCUUGAUGGUAAUUUUGAAGUGACCGAUGAUGAUAUGAUGGAUCCUGAAAUAGCUGUUGCCUUGGAAUCAUUAGGUUGGACUGAACCUGAAAAUACAUCUUCGAAGUCUCAAACCUUGGACAAAGAAGAAUUGCUUAGUGAAAUUCAGUCUCUUAAAAGAGAGGCUCUUAAUCAAAAGCGAGCAGGUAAUACUGAAGAAGCAAUGGCAUUCCUGAAAAAAGCAAAGUUAUUAGAAAGGAGCCUUAACAGCUCGGGACCUGAAGACUAUAAUUCUCUGUCACAAAAAUCCAGUGCUGUAAGGAAAAUUGUGAGUUCUGAAAUUUCUGGUAAUGGAUCUGACUCCAUUCAACUAGAUGAUACAAAUACUAGUGCAACUAAUAAUGUUGCUUCCACGGUGGCACCAAAAAGCAGAUUGAUGAUUCAAAGAGAGCUUUUGAGUUUGAAAAAGAAGGCUCUCACAUUGAGAAGGGAAGGGAAAAUGAAUGAAGCAGAAGAAGAAAUGCAGAAGGGGGCAGCUCUUGAACGUCAGCUGAUGGAGAUGGAUAAGGCUUCUAAUCUUAAAGCAUCACAGAAAAAUACUGCUGAUAAUGUUCCACAUACAACACAUAAGCAUGCUGAUUUCAGUAGAGAUGUGCCACUUGAGGAAGGAAAUGAAGAUGAUGUAACAGAUCAAGAUAUGACUGAUCCAACGUAUAUUUCACUCCUUAGUGACUUGGGUUGGACAGAUGACAAUAAUGAACUUUCUAAUUCUCCAAGCAAGCCUUUGAAGAAAGAUGAUAAUCAUGUUGUUCCAGUCAAGGAUGCUUCUCUAAGUAGGCAUUCUACAAAUAUCUUGGUUCAAGCUCCAAGAAGUAAAGUUGAAAUUCAGAGGGAACUCUUGGGUUUAAAGAGAAAGGCCCUUGCUUUCAGGCGUGAAGGGAAAACUGAGGAUGCAGAGGAAGUUCUUCAAAUUGCCAAAGAAUUAGAAGACCAGAUGGCAGGGAUGGAAGCUGCAAACGAUAAAGCACAGGUUGAGGCUACUGUGAUGAAAGGCGGACUUUUCAAUCCUCCAGUUGAUGAAGAAAGGGAUGCGGUUGUUUCAGAAGAGGAUAUGCAUGACCCUGUCCUGAAUUCAAUGCUUACUAAUCUAGGGUGGAAGGAUGAUGAAUCUGAACCUGUGACCAUAAAAGAAGAACCAGUUAAGGAAGCUACUGGUAGGUCUAAAAAUACUGUGGAUCUAUCUUCACUUGAUUUCUCUUCAGGCACUCCUGCUACAGCUUUGAGAAGCAAGGUAGAGAUUCAAAGAGAACUUCUAGUAUUGAAAAGGAAGGCACUUGCUUUUAGGCGCAAUGGAGAGAUAGAAGAGGCUGAGGAAAUUUUAAGGAAGGCCAAAAGUUUGGAAGCCCAAAUAGAAGAUUUUGGGACCCAGAGCAAGGACUUGUCACUCAAAGUUUCCAAGGAUGAAUCAUCUGACUUCCAGGAAAGGCAUGGAAGUUUGGAAGCUGCUUCUGCAGUUGAUAAUGCUUCAGCCUCAUCCGUGGUUUGGUCAAGUAAGAAUAGUUCCGAAUCAACAUUUGGUUUAGAAAGAAUCAACGAGACAAAUAUUCCCAUCUUAAGGAAGUCUGAUAAUUUAAUUCCCGCAACCUCUCACUUUGCAGAUGGUAAGCAUUCAUUAUCUGCUGAUGGUAGUACUUCAAGUGAAAAUCUUUCAAAAAAGAUGAAAGCAGAAAAAAGCAUUGGUCGUAGCUCCUCAUCUGACCACGCUAUGGAUAUGCUAGAUUUACCUACUGGUAAUAGUUCUGAAAUCUCGACUCAAAAACAUAAAGAAUAUAAACUUGGUUUAGCUAAUUCAUCUCAAGCUGGUCCUGCUAUUCAUUUGGACUCUUCAGUGAAUUUCCACCAAGAUCAGGAAUACAUAAACAGUAAUACAACUCAAAAAAGAGAUGUGGCUGAUGCAAUUGAAAAGCCAAACAUGAAAGAGUCAAAUGCUGUUCAGGAUUAUGCUUCUCAGCGCCAUCUUACCUUGCGUCAGGACAUUUUGGCUCAUAAAAGAAAAGCAGUUACUUUGAAAAGAGAAGGGAAACUAGCAGAAGCUAAGGAGGAACUCCGGCAGGCCAAGCUGUUGGAGAAGGGCUUGGAGGAUGAAAGUAUGCAGCCAGACACUGCCUCUGCGAGCAAUGUUUCCCAUGCAUCAAAUGUCGUACAAAAGAAACAAGAAUCGUCAAAUGUUAGUGCAAAACCAUUGAGUAGCCGCGAUCGAUUCAAAUUGCAACAGGAGUCUCUUGGGCACAAACGUCAAGCUCUAAAGCUACGGAGGGAUGGCCGAAUAGAGGAAGCCGAAGCCGAGUUUGAACGGGCAAAGGAAAUUGAAACCCAGUUGGAGGAGUUGACAGCUCAAGAUUCCAGCAAGUCAGAUGGUGUAGAUGAUGUGAGUGUUGAGGACUUUCUUGAUCCUCAACUCUUAUCCGCUCUUAAAGCUGUUGGAAUUGACAAUGCAAGGGUUGUGUCAAAAUCCCCAGAAAGGCAAGAGGCUGCAAAAUCCAAUGCUAAAGUUGAAAACUCCAACCAAGAGAGAAUUCAGCUAGAAGAAAGAAUCAAAGAAGAAAAAGUCAAAGCACUUAAUUUGAAACGUUCUGGGAAACAAGCUGAAGCCUUAGAUGCUCUUCGACGUGCCAAAUUGUAUGAAAAGAAGCUAAAUUCAUUAACAUCUGAUUGAUGAUGAAGUAAAUACUGCAACUUCAAGGUGGUAAGUCCUCCCUUGUUCCAAUUGGUAGUCACUUUUAGGAGGACUAGAAGGUGCACAGGAAGUUGCUCCUUUCAUUACAUGCAUGUUUGCUUUAUUAUGUUCAAAAAUAUUGGAGAAUAUAUACAUGUUCGAUCAUUCGCAACUUACAAUUUUCAAAUGUGGUUCUAAAUAUGAAAAGAUGUUGCAUAACUAUGAUGUGUUUACAUAUGUUUUAAAUUUUCAAACAUCGUCAUUCCCACGACA